AUGAUCUCGCCCUGCGACCCGGUCAUCCUAAGCAGCAAUCCCCAGUUCAAAGCCCUGCACCAACAGCUGACUACCGCCAUCCUCAACCCCGAUGGCUCCACGCGUGCACAUGCUGCGGAUCCGUCGCGGAGAGCGGUGCAGGCUGAUCUCAAAAAGUAUUUGGCAAGGGCGGUGAAGGUGCGGAUUUUGACGAGGAUUGUUGCGCAGGUUGCGGCCGGGGAUGGGAACGGGGGGUUGGAUGAUGAGCUCCGAAACCUUGUCUCCGUCAUCGUCCUCUACCUUCAACACUCCCCCAAUAACAAUAAUAAUAACAGUAAUAAAGACAACAACAAUAACCAAAUAUCCCCAGACGAGACCUCGGAACUCCUCUCCCUGCUUGCCCCUGAUCUGAAAAAGUUCUACUCUGCAAUCCCCUCCCUCAUCCCGAGCAUCACCGCCCUCCUCUCCGCAGACCUCACCCAUCUAAAAGCCCUCGCCAACGCCUCACCCCCAAUCAACACCACAAACAACAGCAGCGGCAGCGGCAACAACAACAAUGACAGACACACUCACCACACGACCAUUUCCUCCCGCUCAGCAAUCAACAGGAGCAACAAUACCCAAUCGCGCCCCAGCAACCGCCUCCGGCCCCUCUCCCUCAAACCUUCCCCAGCAGACAUCUCCCUCCCAACCCAGCUAUCCGGUCGCCUACGCACACUCCGUACAAUCCAAUCGCACGACCUCCCCACUACCCGGACCAAGAUGACCAUCACCGCCGCCGCUGUGCUAGCAGCGCAUGCGCAGGUGAUGGAGCGCGUGAUACAUAUUCUUGAGCGGACGAAGCAUGGGGUUCUGGCGCGCGGGGUUAGAGCGAGGGCGGACCAUGUGGCGGUGGUGUUGGAGGGGGUUGAAGGGAAGGUUUGUAUCAUGAGACACGAAGUGCUCUCUGCAAUCUACACGCCGGAAACCACAGCUGCUCUGACGCAUUACCGCGACCAUCUAUAUGAUACACGUCUACGCUUGGCGGAGAGGAGGAAACAGGCCCUGUUAGAGCUAGAGGCUUAUGAGCGGGCGGAUAUGGGGGAGACGGGAAAACGAGCGGCUGGCGGCGAUAAUGGUGAGGAUGGUUCAGGGAAAUCGGGGGCCAUGGUGGAGAUUGCCAGGAGGUAUGGAACACUGGUCAAAGAGGUUGAGGGUGUGAAGAUGGAGAUUAGGAGGUUAGGGGGUUGA